UAUUUAUUGUUGCGCGGAACAGCGCGCGCGACGGGUGUGUGAUGCGUGCGUAGUCAGAUAUUACGAGAAUGGAGUCCGCCGUGGACUCAGCGUCGACAGCGAGCGAGGUGAGCGGCUCCUCCGGGGGCUCGCCCAGGGUGAAGGCCGCUUCGCCGGCACGAGCGCUGAGCCCGCCGCAGCUGCUGGCACCGCGGCUGCCGCUGCCGCCGCCGGGGCUGGGCCUGCUGGGCUCGCUGCAGAUGAUGCACCACUCGCCGCUCGAGCUGAUGGCGGCGGCGCACCACCACGGCCCGCCGCGUUACGGCAGCCCGCCGCCCAUCUCCACAUCGGACCCCUCGGCCAACGAGUGCAAGCUGGUCGAUUACCGUGGGCAAAAGGUUGCCGCGUUCAUAAUUCAGGGCGACACAAUGUUGUGUCUGCCGCAAGCGUUCGAACUCUUUCUGAAACAUUUGGUUGGCGGACUGCACACAGUGUAUACGAAACUAAAAAGGCUGGACAUUGUGCCGCUUGUCUGCAACGUCGAGCAGGUCCGCAUUCUGCGCGGCCUCGGUGCCAUCCAACCGGGCGUCAAUCGCUGCAAGCUGCUCUCCUGCAAAGACUUUGACAUCCUCUACAGAGACUGCACCACCGCCAGACCGGGCCGACCACCGAAGCGCGCGUCCGGUGUGGGCCUCUCACUAGCCGCCACCCAGUUCCCUGGGCACCCCUUCAAAAAGCACCGGCUCGAAAAUGGAGACUAUUCGCCAUAUGAAAAUGGACACAUGAGCGAAAUGGCUCGCAUGGAGAAGUCCCCUCUUCUCGCUAAUGGAUACAACGCGCCCCCCACCCAUUUAGGGCCAAUGGGUUUCAUGCACCAGCAUGCACUCAUGUCACCUGGAAUGCCCCAUCCUGGGGUGCCCCGGCCGGAUGGGUCCAUCAUCAAAGGACAGCCUAUGCAUAAUAUGGAAGCACUUGCAAGAUCUGGUAUAUGGGAGAACUGUAGAGCAGCAUACGAGGACAUCGUAAAACAUCUGGAAAGAUUGCGCGACGAAAGAGGAGACAUGGAACGUGUGAUGGCAAUGGACAAAGCUCGCGAGGGAUCACAUAAUGGUUCAUCCCCGGGUCACAGUCCUGUGCUCAAUUUGUCGAAGUCGGGUUCGGGUGACCGUGACCGGCCUGAUCGAGGUGACCGGGAACGUGGCGACCGAGGUGAAGGUUCUGCCAGUGGGCGAAGCUCUGCCGCGUCCCGGCGCACCCCGCAACCUCCCCGGCUCCCGUCAGCAGCCACCGCAGCAGCGUCGCCUCGAUCACACACAGACGACAGUGACGCAGCGCUCUCCGAUCAGGAAGAACACAAUGUUAAAGACGAAGACGACGGUGCAGAUCUGAGCGACGGCGAACGCGAACUACCGACCGCUGCAUCACCAGCGCCGGUGAGCUACGCGGCACCAACAGGCACCCCACCAACCGUACCGGUUGACCCGUCCGCCGAUACGCUGGUUUCCUCAACCGAAACCUUGCUUAGGAAUAUACAGGGCCUCCUCAAGGUAGCGGCCGACAACGCGAGACAGCAAGAAAGACAAAUCAGUUAUGAAAAAGCCGAACUAAAGAUGGACGUACUUAGAGAACGAGAGGUGAAAGACAACUUGGAGAGACAACUACUCGACGAACAGAAAAUGAGAGUAAUGUACCAAAAACGACUAAAGAAGGAGAGAAAACAGCGCCAACAUAUUCAAGAACAGCUCGAGAUGGAAUUGAAAAGACGACAGAAGAUCGAAGAAGCCCUCAAGCAAUCUGGAGCACCAUCAGAAUUACUCAGAAUUGUUACUGAAAACCUAACGCCUUCAUCACAAGAGACGCCGCGUUCGGAACGCGAGAACGGCUCGGAGAGCAAACCUCCAAGCGCGGAACCCCCCGCCUCCUCACCACCAUUCCAGCGGGACCCCCCUCGCACGCCCGACAAACCACAAUGGAACUACCCCCCACCGCCCGUGGACAUCAUGAGUGGAGGUGCUGCGUUCUGGCAAAACUAUUCUGAGUCAUUAGCGCAGGAAUUGGAGAUGGAACGCAAGUCGCGUCAGCAAGCGAUGGAACGAGACGUCAAAAGUCCCUUGUCCGAACGCGCCGGCUAUUACAAGAACUCGGUGCUCUUCAGCUCUGCUACUUAGCUACCAAACAACGGGGCAAACGACUUCCCCGAAAGCCAAGAAUAUGAUAAAGAAGUCGACGAAAUGAGAAAACCUAUAAUCAGCGUGAAACCUGAGUUUAGGGAAAAAUGAAACCCAAAGAUUCGAUGCGGAUCGAAAAUUGGAAAUCUCGAAUUCUUGCAGAUUUCUAAAGAGAAGUGCUCACAUUCUCGUUCAUGUAAAUUGUUCACUCUUGUUUAAUCUAUUUUUUGGCGUUACGGAUCUCAAUGAAAUUGUAUUUCCCUUAUUGAGAUUAAUUUGUAAAUAUUGUUAACAAUAUAUCGAAGUACGUAGAUUUCGUGGCGUAUGGCGAAGUCUCAUUGACUCUUCUUCCAUAGUGAAAUUUGUAAAUAUUCCUAUAAUUAUUAAUUAAGUCAGUACGGUUAUAUCGGCGAUUCGCGUUAUUUAAUAUGUCAACAUUUUAAUAUUUUAUGAAAGUACCUUUAAAUCUUAUCAUUAAAUGCCAUAUUUAUGUAUUAAGCAUCGAUAUUGUUUACUUUUUGUAAAUGUAUAAUGUUAUUAGCGUUCCUUGAUAAUUCAUAUUUUGUACCUACACACAUAUCAGCAUCUUUUUAAACAAAUUUUAAUAGAGAAUUUAUUGGAAUUGAUAAAAGACUCACUUUUUGAGAUGUUUUCCAAAAUCCAAGAUAGUGCAAACGAAUUGUACUGGUAUCACGAAAUGUUUUCAUAGUGUCGGUUAAACUGCAAAUAAGUAGGUACACUUAUUUCACUGUUCAAGUAAUUGUAUAUAUAAAUCGUUUAAUUAUACUGCGGUGAUUUUCACUGUCAUGUAAUUUAUUCAAAUUAGUGCAAUGAGUAGAUAUAACUAAUGGUAGGAACUAGUGUAUCUCAUAAAGAAUAAGAAUGUACGAUAGUUAAGUUAGUGGUUUCAAAAUUAUACAUUUUUACAAUUAAAUUUUAUUGACUGAACACAGAUAAACAGUUUUGCAAUGUACAAUGUAAACUAAGUGUUUUCUUUAAAUUUCAUUACGUAGAUGCUGUGUAAAUAAUUAUAAAUGCGUACUUCAUAUCCAUAACGCAGAAUCGAUGUGUAUGGGUAGUGUCCUUGCGAUAAGUGGAUUAGUUUUAAACAUAUACAUAAUAAUAAAGUAUAAAAUAGUGUUAUUUAUAUUGAUGCUUAGUUUACGGAACGACUUUGAAUGUCUAAAAUAGUUAACGUAAGAUUUAGAAAUUGUAUUUGGCGUAAUAUUGGCGCUUGGCUAUUAAAAUAUUGCAAGUAACACAGACACACACAUUGUUUUAGCCAUAAAUAUCUUGGAAUUUAUAGCAAAUGUGUAAGCAUAUUAUUGUUGAACGAUACAAAAGUCAAUUGAGGUCAUGUAACGAAUGAAGAGCGUAAUAGUCUAGCGCCGAUCGUAACGUUCGCUUUAUACAAUCAAAUUCACAUUAUUUAAUGGGUAAUGUGACGUAAUGAAUAAAUUUAGUUGUUAAUAUAAAUGUUUAGCUGAACAUGUGUGAUUGUGUAAAAAGCGUGAAUGUGGUACUUUUUGUAUCAUUUACAUUUUUUCUUUGCAAUAUCUUUUGGCAAUACUGAUAAGUGGGCAUUUGACCUACAAAGUAUACUUAAUCCCAGUGACCAUCAAACUCAGCAUUGUCUUUAGUAGAUAUAAUUACGUUUGUCAGCCGAGGCUUCUCGUUGUAUCUAUAUUUAUUAUGAUUUUAUUAUAGUUCGCAAUCUUGAAAGCAAGUAUUAUUAUUUAUUAUUUCGAUUAUAAUUACUAUUAAUUUACUUAAAAUUGUGUGUGUGCCUUGUAUCGUAGAUGAAAAUAUCGAGAUUAAAAGUGAAAAUUAUCA